GGGCUUCGAGGUACCAAAUUACCGCAACCGGCUUGGUGCAGCUGCUUUUCCUAGAUCGUGGCGGUGUCGACCAGUCGGCUUCCACUUACGUAUGUGAAAGAGAAGGCGGUGCACGGUGACUAGCGCGUGGCCAGGGUCUUUUGUUUGUUGCUGGGCCAGUGCUCCUGCAGAGUAUAAGACAGCAUCUUCUGCCCUGGUGUCUCUCAUUCUCCACCACUACAACAAACUCAAUCAACUACAUUCAACUUUUAAUACCAACUCUUCCAAACCUCCCCAAACUUCAACAACCAUCAACAUGCGUUUCUCCGUCCUCGCCACUGUCGCCGUCGCCGGCCUUGCCAACGCUCAGCUCCAGUCUCUUGCGUCUUCGCUCCGUGGCGAUGUUACCUCCCUCAUCGGCUCGGCUGGUGGUGAUGUCACCUCAGCCGCUGCCUCGUUGACCUCCGCUGCUGGCUCUGCUCUCGCCUCCGUCACCGGCUCCGCUGGUGCUGGUCUCAGCUCGGUUCUGUCAUCCGUCGAGGGUGCCCAGUCGUCCCUGCUUAGCAGCAUUAACAGUGAGGCUGCUUCCGCCACCGGCUCGCGUGGCGCGCAGUUGAGCUCCGUUGGUGCUUCGUUGUCCUCCGCUCUUUCAUCCAGGACCGCCAGCGCUGCCUCCGCCGCCUCGUCCGCCGCCGCCUCCGCUGCUGGUGCCCCCUACGACAGCGUGCCCGCCAUGGGUGCCAUCGCUGGUGGUCUCCUCGCCGUUGCCGGUCUCUUGUAGAUGUGUUCUACCUCUCGACCUUUCACUACUCUCGAUAAUCGGAAAGUUGUCUACUGCAACAAUCGCUUCUUCAAAAUUAUACCACUAUCAGCCUCGAGCUGACUUCACUUCGUCUCAUUGAGGCAUGGGCUAGGACAAAGGAUCAGGGCAUUUGGCGGUGUUAAUGGAUAUGUCUACGGCCAUUCCCACGCCGUUGGAAUACAUAGUCUCAAUAAAAUAUAUUGAAACAUGACACAUUAACUUUCUUCUCAAUGUGUUCUUCCUGAUAAUCAUGCUCCUUUGCCUUCACAAUUCGACUGAACAACUUUGCCUAAUCUUAUUUUUCAAUUGUUAACAU